AUGUCUAAGACGUUAUUUAUGGUGUUGAGUGUGUUGGUGAUGAUUGUCGUGGCAAAUGCCCAGACAACAAGCAGCGUCAUCUGCAAGGUGAAAGUCACUGAGCUGGCGGAAUGUCUGCCGGCGAUCAGCGGCGCGGCGCCCAAGGAUCCCACCAAGGCCUGUUGCGAUGUUCUGUGCAAGGCUGACUUAAAAUGCAUGUGCAAACUCAAACCUCAACUCGCCAAGUUUGGUCUCAGCCCUGAAAAAGCCAUGAAACUCCCCGGCAAAUGUGGCCUUAAGGUUCCCCGCCAAUGCUAA